AUGGACUCUACCUCGAAUGGCCGCCAAUUGUCGGCCCCAAGCACGGAAGAAGCCCCGCCAUCGUCGGCCGCUAUCUCCUUGCCAUCCCCACCAUCAUCUGUCAACGCCAACGCCAUUAGCGUUUCCCCAUCCGGACCCCCCAUCGACCCAGCGCUUAUCCACGAGCGUUCCUUUCCUGACCGAACAGCCGAGGGAAGCUUAGCGUCGCAAGCAGGAUACGAAGCCAAAUUAUGGAACUCGCCCAGGGCAAAGAUCAAGAUUAAGAAGCCUCUACAAGACGCGUGUAAAUACCUCCAAUUACGCGUGGCCAACCGCGCCAAUCUGGUGGGUCUUCGAGCGGCCCUUGUGCGUCACUGGUAUCCAUCGGCGGCUCCCACGAACACGCCUGCUGCCCUGCCAGCAUCUUCGUCCCCACCCUCGGUACGCAGGCCACAUGCUGUGGUGCCGGAAAAUCGCGUUAUUGGUCUAUCCACACCGUCACGCUCACUGGAAGCCGACAUCGACAUCGACAAUGAAACAUUGGUCAACGAGUAUGAUACCCCGGAUGGAAUGGGUCUCGACACACUGGGAGCAAUUGAUGUGGGCGACCUUGAGGGCCUUGACGAGGAUGAGGAGCCUGAGGACGACUCUCUUGCAGAAGCCGGAGCCGAUGAUUUCGAUUCAUACAAGACCCAAGUCAGGGUGUCCGCAGCACAAAGCUGGGAAUCCAAUCGACGUGCUGGAGGCCGAAACACUCAGAAGUCGGUCGUGAAAUCGUGGCAGAUUUUUUUGGAGCAUGCCCUCGCUGAAGGGAAGGUUCGCGACGACAUCGUCGAUGAACAUUCCCUUUUGGUUUAUCUGGAGUUCUCGUCCAACCGUUGCCGGCGCAAUAAACGCGGCGAGUAUAUUCCAAACACACGUGUCGGCGCGUCUCAAAUAAAGAAGGAGUUCUUUGGAGCGCUUCGUAUUCGAAAGAUGCAAGAUGCGCGUGAUCCCACCCUCGCUACUUGCCGACCAGCAACGACAGUCCACGUGUACGACUAUCUCAAGACCUGCAUGGACAAGGCGUUGCAAGAUGCUCGAGAAGGUCUAAUUCCCGCAGAUGAUGCGCCUGACAUUGUGGCCAAUACGUGGCUCGAGUCGCUCUCAGAUGAAACAAUGAUCAAGAUUAGGCAUGGCUUUUUACAGCACCGUGAAUUGAAAUCGACGAUAACGGGGCAUUUGGCCUGGACGAUGAUGAAUGCAAGCGGAAAUCGUGGAGACGAUGUCCGGGCGCUUCGCCUAUGCGAGAUGCAGCCGUAUUUGGAUUUCGUGCAUCCUAAUGGAGAAACAAGUGUCUUUGCUAUUCUUGGGCUUCAAUCUGACCAAGAGACAAAGACAAGGUCAAAGGCGAUGCAGACUCAAGAAUGCCAGAUUCGCCUCAUACACGGCGAAACGGCGACGGUGUCAUACCACCCAAUGGCCUUGCUCAAUCUCUUUGGUCAAGCAUUCAAAAAAGCCAAUGUCCAGAGCUGGAUUAAAGUACACCUUGCCCAACACAUGCUUGGUUAUAAUCAGGCAAAGAUGGGGGUGAAUUCCGAUGAAACGGCGAAGAUGGGGUGGUCGCGUGGGACAUAUCAGGAUGUAUAUGCCCCAGCAAUCCUGAAAACUGCUGUACUCGCAGCGCACGGCUUCCCCGAAGACGCCCUUGCUGAACUCGAAGCAUUCAGGAAAGUGCCUGGGAAGGUCAACCUUCUCGGAACUAAUGCCUUGACAUUAUUCCUUGCGAAUCGUCGUAAGGAGGAAGCGCAGGUGCUCCAGGCACCCGAACCCGGUGGUGUUCUGGUGCUGCAGCCAGAACAGGCGCCCACAAUGACUGGUGCUAAGCGCCGGGCUCCAACAAUUGCUGGACGCCCGAAACCCAAGAAGACGAAGCAAUAG